GAUGUGGAGAGAGAGAGAGAUAGUUACAGAGAGAGUGAGAUGUGUCAUGCAUUAAAGAUGCAAUACAUUUGAAUUCCCUUGAUUCACUUUUUCUAUAUCUGCCUUCUUCUGUGAUCAUCAGUGCACUGAUGGUACUAGAAUCAAUGGAGUCUGGUUUUAAUGGCUUACGCCUCUCUGUCUCUUAUCACUCUUGUCUCUCUCAGAUGAUACAAGAAACACUUCUUCCAGCCUCUGUGCAUGUCCAUCCAAGAAAGAAGAAGAGUAAACAAUCUGCUGCACUUGUUGAGAUGAGAGAGAAAAGGACCAAGCAAAGAGGGGAUAUUGAGAAUUCGCCAUCCCACACUAAUGCCUACUUGGAGGGGAAUACUAAACCAGAGAAUGGGCAUGUUAUAGUAACUGAAUCUCCUCCACAAGCGAAGGCCACUACAGCAAUAUCAUCCUCCCCAUACCCAAAUUAUCCUGAUUUGAAGCCUCCUUCAUCUCCUACUCCUUCCAAGCCCACCAACUGAGGCUUGUUUUUCAUGGUGUUUCUUCAUUGUUCUAUUUCAUAUUUUUUCCACCACUGUGUUUUUCUGAUUGUUUUUUUGAACGUUUGUGCAAGUGUGUUGUGUUUUGUAGCUUAUGUGGAUUUUCAGUCUUAUGAAUUGAUGAGUCCAUUUCAAAAUCCCCAGGCAAUAUGAGACAUGGACACUUCACCAAGGAUGAAGAAGAGAAAGUGCUCUGGUCAUUGAAAUGUAAGAUUAUUCAUAGGAUGGAUUAUUUACAAAGAGACUAUUUAUAUAUGGAGAUCAUAAUCAAUCUCAUUCAUUAGAUGUCAAAUUAGAUGGUUUGGGAUGAGUUA